CAGAAAGUUAAUGCGGGAUACGGAGAGAGGCCCAUCAAGUCAGCAAGCAGCAAGGCCAGGUCGCCAUCUGCACACUCGAAGGGGGCUGCAGUGGUCGCGGAAGAGGUGGCUCCCAGACCCGGGCUUCCCAUGGAGGCGCCUGAGCUGGGCCCGGGGCUGGUGGAGCGUCUGGAGCAGCUGGCAACGUGUCCGCUGUGCGGGGGCCCCUUCGAGGACCCGGUGCUCCUGGCGUGUGAGCACAGCUUCUGCCGCGCGUGCCUGGCCCGCCACUGGGGGGCCCCGCCGGCGGCGGGCACUGAGGCGAGCCCCCCCACCUGCCCGUGCUGUGGCCAGCCAUGUCCCCGCCGCAGCCUGAGGUCUAACGUGCGGCUGGCGGUGGAGGUGCGAAUCAGCCGUGGGCUGCGCGAGAAGCUGGCUGAGCCUGGGGCCCGCACCCUCAGACGCCGUGGGGGCCGCAUCCCCACUAUGGGCUGCCUGGAUCCACAGGAAGAGGAUAUGAGGAAGACAUGGAGACGAUUUGAUGCCCCAAUGCCCAAGUCACCUAAUUUAGAGGAGGACCUCCCUGAAGAUUAUCCAGUGGUCAAAAACAUGCUUCACAGACUGACUGCCGACCUGACCCUGGACCCGCGCACUGCGCAUCGCCGUCUCCUCAUUUCCUCUGACUGCCGCAGUGUCCGACUGGCCCCACCAGGGACUCCCUCGCCCCCUGAUGGCCCGGCACGCUUCGACCAGCUCCCUGCGGUGCUAGGUGCACAGGGGUUUGGCGCCGGCCGCCACUGCUGGGAGGUAGAGACUGUGGACACCGCUUCCUUCGGGGACUCUUCUGGGGAAGAUGAGGACAACGGGGAGAGCAGCUACGCUGUGGGCGCGGCUGGGGAGUCAGUCCGACGCAAAGGCCGAGUAGGAUUGUGCCCCGCUGGGGCCGUGUGGGCUGUGGAAGGCCGCGGAGGCCGCCUGUGGGCUCUCACGGCCCCAGAGCCCACCCUGCUGGGCGGCACUGGGCCUCCACCACGGCGCAUUCGUGUGGACUUGGACUGGGAGCGCGGCCGUGUGGCCUUCUAUGAUGGCCGUUCGCUUGACCUGCUCUUUGCCUUCCAGGCGCCUGGUCCCCUGGGGGAGCGCAUCUUUCCACUGCUCUGCACGCGGGACCCCCGUGCUCCACUCCGCAUCGUGCCAGCUGAGGGCUGA